AUGUCUGCAACAAUAAUAAGUGAUUCAAUGAUGAUAACAGCACCAGAAACUCAAUCAACAACUAGUAGCAAUCUAGUUGCACAGAAUGAAGUUGAAUUUGCAGUAUGUGAAUGCUGUGGACUAACAGAAGAGUGCACACCAGCAUACAUAGAAAGAGUCAGAGAAAGGUAUCAAGGAAAAUGGGUUUGUGGAUUAUGCGGUGAAGCUGUUAAAGAUGAAAUUGUAAGGUCAGAGAGACUUGUUAGCACAGAAGAAGCAAUGGCAAAACAUAUGAACUUUUGCAAAAAGUUCAAUACUUCAGGUCCUCCUCCAAAUCCAGCUGUUCAUUUGAUUUCAGCUAUGAGACAGAUUCUUAGGAGGAGUUUGGUUAGGUCUACACCAAAUAGUCCGGUUAAUAAGAGUAGUAGAGAAAUUCAUGGCUCUGGACUUGCUAGGUCUGAAAGCUGCUUCUCUACUCUAUCCGGUUCGUGA